AAUAGUACUUGGUGCAAUUCACCAUGAAGGUCGUUACCACCUUUCACCCGGCUUCAUCUGUCGUAGAUUCACUCAAAUUUAAAUUAUCGGACGACCAUGAAUCGGAAUUUCUCGUCGUCGCAAAGUCAAACAGGCUCGACAUCUAUGCGCUACUUCCAGAAGGGCUCCGUCAUCAACAGGGUCUUGAUAUUUGGGGAAGAGUUAGAGUCAUUAAGGCUGUCCCGAUCGCGCGCCCAAGCAGUUUCAGCCUGCUCGUACUCACCGAUCACCCAGAGCCAGAACUUAUAUUCCUAUCUUUCACUCUGAAUGGCGCAGGAUCGACGGGGAUCAAGGCCACAAAAUAUAUCUCGUUGUCUGAGCGCAGCGCUCGACCAGCAGAAUUCUGCCACACUCUUCUAGUCCAUCCGUUAGGACGUGUGGCUGUCGUAAGUGUACACACGGGAAAGCUCAAAGUCGUGGUACUUGACCAAAGCGGAGGUUAUUCCCGUGAUUUCGAUGCAUCGAUCAUUGAGCUCAACCUCCUGGAUAUCACCUUUGUAUCAACGUCUCCAGAUGUGUAUAUCCUGGCAAUGAUGCACGUUGACUACCAACAACGCCUUCAGAUUCUUACUCGCGACCUUUCUAUCGAUGACCUCCAACUUUCCCCAUCACCCUCACCACUCCUUCCCUCACUUCCUGUCCCAGGUAAACUAUUUAGUACAGCCAUGGACGACGAUGGAACCCCCACUAUCAUACACAUCCCUUCCUACCAGGAAGACGACGACGACUUUCAAGGUGGUAUCCUCAUUAUCGGAGGGCGUAACAUUAUGCUGUAUGACUUUGUUAGCAGAGACACGCAGGACAGGAGAGAGAGCAAGAAGAAACGCGCGGAUAAAAAGAAGACCACUGGAAAUGCAGAAGCAAUUGCUAAAGAGAAGGCGAAGGAGUGGAAGAAGAGGAAAGCUAGAGCUGCAGUAGAAUGGCCAUGGGCAGAAGUCACUGCGUGGUGUGAUAUUGACGGCAAUGGACGGAAGUACUUGAUCGGGGACCGGUAUGGAAGGCUCGCCUUACUUUCGAUAAACCUUACGGAAAGAACGACGCUGACAUUGAUGGCGCUCGGAGAGACAUCUUCACCAACCACAUUAACCUACCUUGCUAAUCAAGUUUUCUACCUUGGCUCACACUUUGGUAGCUCGCAAUUACUCCAGAUUACUGCUACACCAUCUUCCGCGCUCAAAACUCCUACACUACCUGUUUCACCGUCGAUAUCGACUGUCAGCCCGAACGCGCUCAACUCCCUUGUGAGAGGUAUGGGUAGAAAUGUUGAUGUACAAGGUUAUAUUGUUGUUGGAAAGGGGAGUUAUCUUACCGAGAUCGAGUCCUUCAACAAUCUCGCUCCAAUACUUGAUGCUGUUUUGGUUGACACGGAUGGCAGUGGACAGAACGAAAUUGUGACAUGCUCUGGUGGCAGAAGCACAGGCAGUAUCAAAGUCGUACGAAGUGGCGCUGACUUUUCCGAGAGAGCGAAAGUUCAGGGGCUUGGGAAUAUCACCAAUAUAUGGCCAUUAAAAGAGAGUUACCGCGCGCCCGAUUAUGCCCACGUCGCGGUCUCGACUCUGCAAGAAACACACGUUUUUCGUUUCGACGACGCUUCAUCCAUCUCCAGCAUCGAUGGCGACAAGAACUCUGGUUUUAUCACCAAUUUACCUACCAUCACAAUCUCAAAUAUCCUUCGACGUACGCAAACCCAAGGAAAGUCUGAUUAUGCAGAUUCUGGGCUUGUUGUACAGGUCGUUUCGAAGGCCCUGCUAUUACUUGAGUACGACCCUGGCCUACGACAGUACACGAGAGUUGGUGAACCGUGGACCUUGGAAAAGUUCGCAAAUCCUGGUGAGGGACUGUGGAAGGGACGAGAGAUCGUAGCUGCGAGUCUUAACGCAAGCCAGCUUGUGCUGGCGCUCAACUGGGGGAGGGUGGUAGUGGUGACAUUGGAUGGAAGUCGGUUUAUCAAGAUGAGGGAGCGCAAUUUCGUGCACAAUAACCGCGAUGCGGAGAUUUCAGCAGUGUCAUGUCUACCGCAGGAUCCAACUAAAGAAUACACGCUCAAUAUCGUGGUCGGAUUCUGGACAUCUAAGCACGUUGAAAUACUCUCAGUGAAACCUACGGAUGGAAGCAUGCCCACAAUUUCAAAGACUCCUGCACUCUCCUCCACACCUCGCUCACUGCUGUUAUACAAUUUCACAUCAGAUGACUCCAAGUUGUCAAGUGCACACCCACACCUACUCGUCGGUCUUACGGAUGGUUCCGUCGCGUCAUUCGUGUAUCGAAAUGAUCAACUGCUUGACCAGAAACUGGUAUCUAUUGGAAGUUUGCCCGUAUUGAUGCGUUCGUGUAAGAUCGGGACGAGACAAACAGUGCUUGCAUGUGGAAGUCGAACGGCGAUCUUAUUCUGGGAGAAAGAGAGGCUGACGUAUUCGCCGCUUAUACUGAAGGAUGUGACGGCUGCCGCGGAAUUUAGUACAAGGGCUUACCCAUCAUCCGUAAUCCUCUCUAACUCUGACGACCUGAUCCUCGGGAACGUGAACAAUUUCGAUAAAUUGCACAUUCGUUCUAUACCUCUAGGCCUCGACAAUCCCUUGCGCAUCACGCAUAUCCCUGCACUUAGAGUUUUUGCCGUCGCAUGUCGCCGCAUAAACCCGGCUCGUAUUGGAGAUUUCGAGGAGAUCACGGGCUCUAUACAAUUAUUUGACGACAUAUCGUUUAAUAAGGUCGGGCAUUUCAAUCUGGAGCAAGGCGAGGAGUCAACAUCAUUGCUACCCUUUACAACGGGUUCCGCAUCGUAUCUGUGUGUAGCAGCUGUGACGCUCGAAGAUGAAGAGACCGAAGCCUCCAAGGGACGCAUUUUUGUUUUGGCAAUGACGUCAACCCCAUCGCAGGUAAACACGUCUGUCGUAACCUCGCAUGACGUCAAAGGAUGCCCCUACGCUUUGGUUUCGGUGAAUUCUUUGAUCGCUGCGGCAGUCAAUAGCAUGGUCAUUGUAUUCAAGAUGGACACAGCGAGUGGAAAUACGACACUGGCGAGGAUGGCAACCUGGAACCACAACUAUUUAGUGACAAGUCUCGCGUCUCGCGGCGAUAGGAUUCUGCUAGGCGACGCAAUAAGCUCGAUCUCGAUGUUGCGGCUUGAGGACAACCGACUGCACUUGAUUGCCAGAGACUAUGGCGCGCUAUGGCCCACCUGUGUUGAGCUCAUGAGCAACUCGACCUUGAUUGGUGCGAAUAGUGAAUACAACCUUUAUACAUUCAGUCUCCAGAACACGGGCACGCGGCAGCUCCUGGAGAGAGACGGCAAUUACUUCCUUGGGGACUUGGUCAACAAGUUCCUGCCUGGCACAUUGUCGUCCCAGGAGGUUGCGCUUGAUGGGCCGAUGCAGCCUCAACAGUUGUUUUUCACAUCAUCUGGGCUUAUCGGUGUUAUCAUUGAUCUUGCUGACGAUCUUGCCUUGGACCUCACCGGCCUUCAACGCAACCUGUCCAACUUUAUUGAGAAGCAGGAAGGGCCGAAUCACACAAAGUACCGCACGCCGAAGAAUGUUCGGGGCCGCAGCGAUGCGGAUGCGUCGUCCUUUGGAUUCCUAGACGGUGACUUCCUCGAACGCUUCUUGCAGUUUGUGGGGAAUCCGCAGGCGCUCAGGCAGAUAGUGCAUGGGCAGAGUGAACCUGAAAAACUCACAAUAUCAGCAGAUAAGAUUCAGAAGGUGCUCGAGAGCAUGCAAAGCAUGCAUUGA